AGAUUCCAGAAGCCGGUUACGCAAAUUAGUAGCCGACAAAAGUAGGUGCGGCUGUAGCUGUAGACGCGCCAAUAGAAAUCCAGGUGCACGAACACCAUGUACGAUUCACAGAUAAAUAGAGUGCAUAACUUGCUUUUGGCACACCGUCUUUUGUGAAGAAGAAGAACGCACAACAUUUAUUUGUGAGAGAACUAAGAAGAACUUAAUGGAUUCCAACAAGUUCUACGAGAGCAAGAGAAGAAAAGUUCUUGCACAGGUGAGCUGACAUAAAUUGAUUGUAAAUAACCUAUACUCUGCCCUUUGGACCUACUGUAUGUGUGAUUAUUUGUUAAUUUCACUUGUGCUUAUGUCUAAUUGUGUUAUAUUCUUUAUUCCUAAUUCCUAUAGUCCGCCCCGCAGAUGGACACUGCAAAAAAGGUGAAGCCGUCUCCUGCGACCAAAAAACCAAGCAAAGUCAGACUGGUUAAAAAGAAAGCGGCCAUCACACUUAAGGUGCUCCCGGUGGCUGUUUCAUGUGCGGCUGGCGGAUUGCCUGACGCAGAGAUCCGGGCACUGAAAAUCCGGUUAACCGCCACGGAGGCACAAGUGUUGGAGCUGACAGAAGAGCGUGCUGCCAUGAGGUUGGAGCGCGCUGCCAUGAGGUUGGCACAGCAGACUGCAGAGUCGGAGCGCGCUGCCAUGACGGUGGCACAGCACACUGCAGAGUCGGAGCGGGUUGCCAUGACGUUGGCACAGGUUGCCAUGAGGUUGGAACUGCAGCAGCACCUGGACACACAGGUCCAAUCCAGGCGACGGCUGUUUGAGUUACCUGUGGGAGACGCAGACCCACAGCCUCUACAGGCAGAGGUGCCAAUUCCAGCGGUCACUGGAAGCGGUCACUUCCGGUCGGAAGCAAUACCACGACCGUCGCACACACCUGAUGCGCCCACCCUCCUCAGGGCAGUUUCCGCGGCUCGCGAGGACAAGUUCUUCGAGGACUGCUUUCGCAGUGGACAGCAUCGCCCAGAGAAAUUUGCGGGUGAUAUGUUCAUGGCCAUGUUGCCAUUUCACUCAUAUGAGAACAUGGCCAAAAUCACAAACUGGAGUGGGAGCAAAGGGAAAAUGCCUCUUCCCCUCAAUGUGAGGCAGACACUUGAGUCCAGUGUCUCCCGUCGGUUCCCAGGCCUGACCACGGACCAGUGGCAUAAAAUUAGGAACCGGGUAAACGAGAGACUGAGGAGCCCAAGAAAAACGGAUCCAGAAACACCUCGCCCUGGUUUCCGCCACAGAUAG